UCUCUCCCUCCCUGUCACAUCUCCCUCCCUCUCUCUCUCUUUCUCUCUCUCUCUCCCUCCCUCCCUCUCUCUCUCUCUCUCUCUCUCUCUCUCUCUCCCCCUGCCUCAUCUCUCUCUCUCUCCCUCCCUCCCUCUCUCUCUCUCUCUCCCUCCCUGUCACAUCUCCCUCCCUCUCUCUCUCUUUCUCUCUCUCUCCCUCCCUCCCUCUCUCUCUCUCUCUCCCCCUGCCUCAUCUCUCUCCCUCCCUCCCUCCCUCAAAUCUAAACUAAAAAAAAUGUCAUAUUCUCUCUCCAGCUUCAACCUCCCUUCCCUAAACCCAAAACCCAAAAUACCCUCCCUCACAGCUGCAACCCACUUCCCAAAUUACAUCAUCAAGGCCUCCUCUUCACCUAAUCCCAAUCUCUCCACUGACCCACCUUCCAAAAGGUCAUUUGCUGAGGCUACUGGGGACUUUUUCCUUGGUUUUGCUUCAAGAAUCAUCAAGAAUCGUAUUGAGGGCAAGGGUGAUUAUGGUGGUGAUGAUGUCAAGAUGUUUGGCUAUGAUGAUGAUGAUUUUGAGCCUCAAAAUGUGUUAUUGAGGGGUGGUAAGGAGGGAAUUGCUGCUGUUUUGGAGGAUCCUCUGCAACCAGAAGUGGUUUGGGAGCAGAGAUUGAAGGAUGUUGAGGCAGAAAGACUGCGAAAGACGGUUUCGAGUCCCGGGUUUAGUUUUUCUGCUGCUGGAUUGUUGUUUCCUUACCAUCUUGGAGUUGCUAAGUUGCUUAUUGAAAAGGGGUAUAUAAAGGAUGACACACCUUUAGCCGGUUCAUCAGCUGGAGCAAUUGUUUGCGCUGUAAUUGCAUCUGGAUCCAGUAUGGAAGAGGCUUUAGUAGCUACUAAAGUAUUGGCUGAAGAUUGUCGGCUUAGGGGAACUGCAUUCCGUCUUGGGGCUAUUCUCAGAGAAGUUCUUGUGAAUUUUUUGCCAGAAGAUGUUCAUAUAAGGUCCAAUGGAAGAGUCCGAGUUGCUGUGACGCAGAUUCUUUGGAAGCCCAUAGGUCUAUUGGUUGACCAAUUUGACUCUAAAGAAGAUCUUAUCAAUGCAGUUGUCACAUCAUCCUUUAUUCCAGGAUAUCUUGCUCCAAGGCCAGCAACAAUGUUUCGGAAUCGUCUUUGUAUAGAUGGUGGUUUGACAUUGUUUAUGCCUCCUACAUCUGCUUCUAAGACGGUCCGUGUCUGUGCUUUCCCUACCAGUCGUUUGGGACUGCAAGGAAUUGGGAUUAGCCCAGACUGCAACCCUGAAAAUAGGGCUUCUCCUCGACAGCUUUUUAACUGGGCACUUGAGCCAGCAGAGGACUCUAUUCUUGAUAAGCUGUUUGAACUGGGAUACCUCGAUGCAGCUGUGUGGGCAGAACAAAACCCAGUCGAGAUGCUUGUUGAAGAAAACACGCCACUGCACAGUAUCUAAUUGAUAAUUUUGGUACGGAAAGGCAGGAUUUCCCUUUAGGCUUUAGCAGUAAAUGAUCAAAUGGAAGUUGGAACCAUCGAUCAUCUCGGCCAGGUAUAGAUAAUAUCAUAUCAAAGGAACACAAACAUGUAGCUGUUUCCAUCAAAUAGUAUAUAAGCGUUUGUAUACCCUAGGGAAGUAGGAAAAAUCAGAUAGAAGUUGUACUGCACUCUGUAAUAUAUCCAAAGUUUACGAAAAUAUAAUGCAUAAAAUGCAAUUGGUGUGCCA